AUGUCGCCCACAGCUGGGCAAUCUGUCGCCUCUGGUACAGACUUGCGCAGGAAGAGAGCAAUGAGCGGGCCGGUGUCGAGUAUACAGGCUGAUGCUGUACGCCAUGGCUCUGUGGCGCCAUUGCAGCUCGACAUCUCCGCAUCAGACCACGGUAGUAGUCAGGAAUCCGGACCCUUGGGCGUUGCUGAUGUCUCUGCCGGGCUUGACUGCGCCUCAAACACUUCUGGCAACCAGUCACUGGGCGAGGUGCCUCACAUCAUCACGCGCUUCACCCACGUCGAGACCGACGGGGGACACGCCAUCAUAACCGGACGCGACGGUGUAUUGCAACAAUGCGAGGACGAGCCAAUUCACACCCCUGGUGCCGUGCAAGGCUUUGGCGUUCUUCUAGCUCUUCGGGAAGAUGGUAUGGGCGGCUUCUCGGUACGGUGUGCCAGUGAGAAUUCAGGUAAAAUCAUUGGAUACACGCCAAAGCAACUAUUCCGCCUCAAAAGCUUUUUGGAUAUCUUGACGGAAGAACAACAGGAUAAUCUGCUCGAUCACAUAGACUUCAUCCGUGAUGAAGAUGCUGAUCCUUCUAUCAACGGACCAGAAGUCCUCAGCCUAUCCAUUAAGCUACCGAAGACGGGCAAAAGCGUCAAGCUAUGGUGUGCCAUCCAUAUCAAUAAUGCUCAUCCCGAUUUAAUUAUUUGCGAGUUCGAACUGGAUGAUGACCACGAAUACCCGCUUCGACCUGCAGACGAGCUUACCCCUGACACGCCCCACGAUACCCUUCAUUCCAAUCCCACGCUAGAAGAGAUAGAAGAGAGCACGGAGAUUUUUAGCAAACCACUACGAAUUCUACGGAGUGCAAGAAAACGUCGAGGAGAACAGGGGGCGAUGCAAGUAUUUGACAUCAUGUCUCAGGUUCAAGAGCAGCUGUCAUCAGCUCCGAAUCUAGCCACCUUUCUCAAGAUUCUUGUGGGCAUCGUAAAGGAGCUGACCGGUUUCCAUCGUGUCAUGAUAUAUCAAUUUGACGCAUCAUUCAACGGCAAGGUUGUUACGGAACUUGUUGAUACAUCUCAAACCGUCGAUUUGUACAACGGCUUGCAUUUUCCAGCUUCUGACAUCCCACGCCAGGCACGGGAACUCUACAAAAUCAACAAAGUUCGCCUUCUAUACGACCGGGAUCUUGAUACGGCAAGAAUGGUGUGCCGGACGAGAGAAGACUUGGACGUUCCUCUUGACAUGACUCACGCCUACCUUCGUGCCAUGUCUCCCAUUCAUCUCAAGUACCUGGCCAAUAUGGCGGUAAGAUCGUCAAUGUCUAUUUCUAUCAACGCAUUCAACGAGCUUUGGGGGUUGAUCUCUUGUCAUGCCUAUGGAAAUCAUGGAACGCGUGUAUCUUUCCCAAUUCGCAAAAUGUGUCGCUUGGUUGGAGAUACUGCGUCCAGAAAUAUUGAGAGGUUGUCUUACGCAUCGAGACUUCAAGCGAGAAAACUCAUCAACACGGCGCCUACCGACAAGAACCCAUCAGGGUACAUUAUUGCAUCAUCGGACGACUUGUUGAAGCUGUUUGAUGCUGAUUUUGGUCUUCUCUCGAUAAAAGGCGAAACCAAGAUUUUGGGUGCAAUGGAUUAUAGCCAAGAGGCCCUGGCGAUGUUGGAGUAUCUUCGAAUGAGAAAGCUUACCUCAGUUGCAGCAUCACAAGACGUUAGAGAGGACUUUCCAGAUCUGAAGUAUCCUCCCGGAUUUCAAGUCAUUGCUGGGCUUCUGUAUGUGCCUCUAAGUGUAGGCGGUAACGACUUCAUCGUCUUCUUCCGGCGUGGUCAAAUUAAAGAAGUGAAAUGGGCCGGCAAUCCUUAUGAGAAGACUGUUCGAGAUGGUACUGCGGGCUACUUGGAGCCCAGGAAAAGCUUCAAGAUUUGGCAUGAAACUGUUCUUGGAAAGUGUCGUGAGUGGAAUGAAGAGCAAAUAGAAACAGCAGCUGUGCUCUGCCUAGUUUAUGCUAUGACAGGUAAAUUCAUAGAGGUUUGGCGGCAAAAGGAAGCGGCUCUCGAAAGUAGCAAACUCACAAGACUCCUAUUGGCCAACUCUGCCCACGAAGUACGAACGCCGCUCAACGCCAUCAUCAACUAUCUGGAAAUUGCUCUCGAGGGCUCACUGGAUCAGGAAACUCGCGAGAACCUGGCGCGCUCUCACUCCGCUUCCAAGUCCCUGAUUUACGUAAUCAACGAUUUGCUCGACCUUACAAAAACGGAGGAAGGUCAAAGCUUGAUCAAGGAUGAAAUAUUUGACCUAGGCGCGUGCAUAAAAGAAGCAACCGACCCGUUCCACGUGGAUGCAAAGAGAAAGGGCAUCGAGUACCAGGUCACAAAUCAUCCCGGGCUCCCUCAAUUCGUCCACGGGGAUAGCCGGCGAGUUCGACAGGCAUUAUCAAACAUCACAGCAAAUGCUGUUGCACAUACCCACCAAGGCUCUGUCAGAGUUGAAAUGUUUGUUUCCGAAGUCCGAGACGGCAUGGCCUUUGUCGAUUUUGUUGUGGCCGACUCCGGCAUCGGCAUGAACCCUACGCAACUAGAUGCUCUUUUUCGAGAUUUGGAGCAGGUGAGCAGCGAAGAACCCGAGUCGCCAACUUCUGAAGCUGUGGGCAGGCAGCGCGAGACAAGGACAUUGGGUUUAGGUCUUGCCGUCGUUGCUCGUACCGUUAGGAACAUGGACGGCCAGCUUCGGCUGAAGUCCGAGGAAGGUCAAGGCUCCAGAUUUGUUGUUCAACUGCCUUUUCAUCUCCCAGACGAGACGCCAAGUCUAGAGCCUGGGGGACAUUCUCAAGAUGGUUCACCCGAAACUCAAUCUGGCAGAGUGGUCGCCUCAGCAUCACCAAACCUCAAGGCUACGCCGGCCGGCGAGAUGACGCUCAUAGAGCGACGGGGAAGCAAUAUCAACAUGGCAGCUGAGAUGGACAAAAGAUCUAUAGGAACAGCCAGUGCGGGCAGCCGCCGCAGCAUGGAGAGCCUCGGAAGCCAUGGGAGCCAGAAAAGUGAUGCAGAUCGUCUUAUCGACGCCAUACAGACACCUCUUUCUCUCAACGAAAACCAAGCGGGAUAUUUUAUCCAUGGUCAGAGCUCGCAAAGCAAUACCUCUCAGCCCGCAUCGCUUGCCAGCAUCGGAAGUGUUCGACCCCCCAGUCCCAUUCCGCACAACCAAGGCCUGUCUUCCCCCAUCCAGCCACGACAGGAGCCAGGUACGGUGGAGAUUCGAGACUCGAAAACUCCUGUUAAAGCAGUCAAGGUUCCUGACGACUUUGUGGACUUGCCGAUUGGGACUUGCCAGGGGGACAGACCUGCUGUUUUGUUCGAAUUAUCCAGUCCAAAGCCACGACAGCCACAUCUGGCGGAAAAGGGCGCAUCGUCAAGCGACGAGCACCAGCUCAAUAUACUAGUGGCAGAAGAUGACCCAAUCAACAUGAAAAUUCUUCGAAAGAGACUGGAAAGGGUUGGGCACACCGUACACCAUACUGUCAAUGGUGAGGACUGUGCAACGGUUUACAAGGACAAGUCCCCCGAGUUCGAUGUUAUCCUCAUGGAUAUGCAGAUGCCGAUUGUCGACGGGUUAACCAGCACAAAAGUGAUUCGGUCCACCGAGCAGUCCAGCGAACACAAGGGCCGCUCAGCAAUGGCAGGCAGCAACCGCAGGAUACCGAUUUUUGCCGUAUCCGCAUCUCUGGUCGAAGAAAACAAGCAGGUGUACGUGGAUGCUGGGUUUGACGGGUGGAUCCUGAAGCCUAUCGAUUUCAAGAGGCUCGGCACUCUGUUGGCUGGUAUUCACGCCAGCGAAACGAGGAGGGCAUGCCUGUAUCUCCCGGGAGAGUGGGAACGAGGCGGGUGGUUUUCUCCUGGAGAAGGGGAUGGCACCGAAGACACAAGCUCACAGGCCACUCCGACCGCGCAUACAUAG